AUGUUCAUCAACACGAGCACUGAUCUUCCCCUUCCCCAAAACAAGACCACCCUCGAAAUCAAGCAUGAAGACGAUAGCAAGUUCUUUGCCAAGCUUUUAUCUAAACAAAACUCAAUGGGAAGAAACCCUUCUUUCAGGGUCUACUAUGGCGGAGCCUCCGGUUCCGUCCCUUUCACGUGGGAAUCUCGGCCUGGUACACCAAAACAUGCAUUCGCCCGUACAUCUUUAGUUCCUCCACUAACUCCUCCACCGUCGUACUACACCAAGUCUAAUACAAAACCCGUAAAAAAAAACUCGAGAUCUGGUCUUUUGCACGCUUUGUUUUGGAAAAUGGUAUUGAGGUUGAAGAAAGCUUAUGUUGUGCCUUCAUCGUCGUCGACCACAAGUUCCGGGAAGUAUCAGAGGAGACGGUUAUCGACCCCGAGUUCCUCAUUCGAUUCAAGGAUGGAUGAUGAAGGGAUUGCUGCCGUUGGAUCAGGAACUUCGACUCGGUGUUUCUCCGUACAUUGGUAG